AUGGCUACCUCUCUGUCGCAGAUGGCGGAGCAGGGGAAGGGUGCGGAGCAAGUCUACCCUUCCUGGUUCCUCUCCAACUCCUUCCAUGACCUCUCAAGAACCAUCGUGGUGAGCGGAAUCACGGCGGAGGGGCAUGUGUCGUACUUGGCGUCCAAGAUUUCUUCAUUGUACGGCGAUGACGUCAUCGAGCAUUGCGAAGUCACGAGAUGCUCUUCUGUCUUGGUGUAUGUCCGGUUCAAAUCCUCCCAGGUCUCAUCGAAUGAAGAGCUGAAUGCGUAUCAGAUCGCGUACGAGUCUUGCUUCCAGCUCGAUAACUCCGAGCUGCUGGUCUUCCACGAUGGCCAGGGCAACGACGGAGUCGUGAGGAUUCAGCUGACAGUCCGUCCAGCAGUCUAUCAAGGACUUGUCUGGGUAGGCGAGAUCACCAGGGAAGCGGCGAAGGAGGACGUUAAGAGAGCGCUGAGCAUGCUCUAUGUUGAGCCUCGUGACGUUUGGCUGCCCGAUGAUGUCGGAGGAGGAGAGCGGAAGGGCUGGGCGGUGGCAUCCUACGACAGCGAUGAGGUCGCGCGAGAGGUCUUGUACCUGUCGAAGUGUCAGUUUGUCUGUUUGGGCAGCUUCUGGCCGAUCCUGCUGCAGCCGUUUGCCCCAGCAGAGCAGGCAGAGCCGCGCUUCGUCCUCUCACCCAAGGCAGAGCACGCGAAGUCGGAUCACUUUGCACUCAAGGGGUCGCUAGAAUCGGACCUUGGGACCAGGUGGGAGGAACUUACAUGCAUGCACUGUGAGCAACGCCGGAGACUGGCCCUAAAGCACUUCAAGGAAAGACUUCUACUCCUGAAGAGUGUGCGAAGUGAUGGACGCAGGGACUCCCUCCUCGGACUAGAGCCAAGCUCGGUUGUGGGGAGGGCGAACGAGAUUGUGAGGACGAUUUAUGUGACAGGAUUCCGCCCGAAUGUGUCGGAAGAGACUCUCAAAGACGUGCUGGAGGCCUGUGGGGAGGGGACGGUAGAGCGGGUGGACCUACACAUGUCAAGGAAGGGCCACACGUUCGCUGCAAUCAGGUUCAGUGACCUGGCCAGCUGCUACCGAGCUCUUCGGCUACUCAACGAGGCGCCUGAAGUCCCGAUAGGAACUCUGGUGGUGAGGCGAUUCGUCAAGGAUGGGCUUCUCUGGGUUGGGGAGCUGGACAGAGGCAUCAACUCGAAGCAACUAAAAGAUUGUUUCUCUCAAUUCGGUGAAGUCUGCCGGGCAAGAAUCGCCUGUGACCACAACGGGCGAUCUCUCGGCUACGGGAUCGUCCAAUUUUCCAGGCACUCGACCGCCAGCCAAGUGCUAGCGAUCAUGGGCGAAGAGCUUUUUCUGCUUUCUUCCUCUUCCCGUCCCAUCCGGGUCGAGCCCUACGUGUAUUCCAACUUCAAGACAGCAAUGAGCUCCGCUUGUCUUGACGCAGAGAUGCUCUCACAUCCUACCAACGUCACUAAGCAGGAUGCCCUGUACGAAACAUGCAUACAAGUUCGGAGGCUGCAGCUGAAGCAAUUUGCUGAAGUGAAUCUCCUUCGAUACCUUCAAAGGCAAGAGAGAAGGGUGACUGAAGGCACACAGCGGCAGUUGUUCCAGAAGGAAUGCUCCUUGCUCGGGACGCUGAAAGCCAAAGUUGAAAAUUCAAGCACAGUCGGGGAUAUAGAGAUGGAGGUUGCGGAUUCACAGACACGAAGUUUUGAAGGUUCUUGCUGCCCAAAAGAAGAAGUUGAACUCAAUCCCUUGCACUCAGGUUUCGUCCAACAGCAGCAGAACUCGUCCGGCAUCACCCUUUGGCAAGGACAAGUCAUCUGUGCCUUCACCACCUCUAUCUGUGAAGAACUCCUGUCACUUUACAAAAUUGAAGUCAGCAAGACUUGGUGGCGACAGGUCCUUGCCUUCAGUGCCGUUGCCACGUCAUCUCCAGACUGCAUCAACACAUCGCACAUGCUGGAGUGGGAGGAAUCGAUCACAGCCAUUCGCCUCAUGCCCUUCACUGAAGCGCUCAAGGACAUUCUCCAGAAAUUUUCGUCCAUGUCGCAAUUCAAUCUCCAAUCGCUUGACGGGUACAUGCGCACAUCGCUGACCUCCCCAAGUCAAAGCACACGAUCUCUCGCUCAAUUCCGAGAGGUUCUAACGCAAUACAACCUUGCUGCCGUUAUGUCGGACUCUCCGAGACAGGAUGACACGUUCAAUGCAGGAGGGUCUACAUCUUGGCGAAGACAGAAGGCCUCGAUCCGCUACCCGAGGGCUGGUUGCGCGGCAUCUCGCUUCCCUCCUGACGGGAGCGAGGGCUAUUCCCUGCAUGUAUAUGAUACGACGAGAAGGCCUGCAGUGAAGAUCAUGGAGUUGAAACUUUGA